UUUAUUUAGUUUAAAUUUUACCCUCUCUCCAUCUCGAAUAUAGCAGAGGUUGAAGCAGGAGCAGCAAUCCAUUGGAGAGGGGCUAUCAAAUCCAGGAAUCUGAUCUACGCUCAACAAAAUGGGGGCAGAAGAAGCGGCUGUGGAGCAAGAGAAGCUCGCGUCUCAUGAUCCGAGCGCGAAUCCCAUCACGGAGGCUCAGUUCCUAUCGUGGAAGCGCCACAAGGAUGCCGAGGCAUCUGCUAAAAGAGAUGAAACAGCAAGGAAGCGUGCGGAGGAUAUAGCCUCAGGAGCGGUGCAAAUGAAUGGGCGAGAGCUUUUCUUGCACCAACCGUGGGUUUUUGACAACACUCAAUAUUGAGGUUGGUGUUUUAGUACCACUUUCUGUUGUUUCUUGAGAAAUGUCUGUCCUUUAAAAUGCUACCUUGUAUUUUAAUCAGCAUAUCCUUCAUACAAAGUAUUAGUUCUUACGCCCAAAAUGCUACCCUCAUAUGAAUCUGUGCAAAAGGAAUGACUUGGCCCAAUUGGUUCUAGACAAAGAUGUAUAUCCAAAUAUAGGCGCUAAUUUGUCCUAUGCUGUUAGCCUCAUAUGAGCUUUAUGAUAUGCAUUUGUCUUCUCUAGUUUACAAAUCACGUGUUAACAAAAUGUUGUGUUUUUUCCUUUACUAGGUCCUUACAUGAUGAAAUGUUUUUCAUGUGGGAAUAAAAAUCAUGUGUAGUGUCCAUUGUUAUAGGCGCUACUUUAC